GCGCUCGCCGACCCCGCCCCCCGGGAGCUCGAGCCGCCGGCGCCCACGCAGGCGCCGUCGUUGGCCUCAGGCUCUACCGCGACUGCGACGUCGACGACGGUGACGCCGGAGGCGUGGUGGUCGCUGACGAGCGGGGCGUGCAUAGUGGACGGGCGCUGCGUGCACAGCCCGGGCUACCCCGCCCAGUACCAGGAGGGCUCGGCGUGCGAGUUCGAGCUGGGCCGGCCCGCCGGGGGCGCCUACGCGCUGAGGAGCAGCUACUUCCACGUCGGGGCGUACCCUUCGGACGUCCUGACCGUCAACGGCGUCGCCUAUGCCGGCGCAGAGGGCCCCGACGGCGUCGUGCCCAGCGGGCCGAUCCAGUGGGGCAUGGCGAGGACAGACACGCCUUCUCCCACGCACGAGGCGCCGGCUUGGGCGGAAGCGGCGCGCGGGCAUGGGGC